UUGAUGCUAUAAUGUUAGCAUAGAGAAUUAAAAAUGCGUUACUAUUGGACUUAUCGGAUGAUUGUAUAUAUUUUACUUUCACGAGAAGCGUCCCCACAAAAUACAUAUUUUGAUGAAAAAGUAACAAUAGUAGAAUCUGCAAAUAUAAGUAAUGAAUACAUUGCGAACAUUAAUAAGGCGCUAAAUAGAGGACCUUAUUUUGAUACUUCUGCGACCAAAAAUGUGACAUCUCUAGUUGGAAAAACGGGACACCUGAAUUGUCGAAUAAAGAAUCUGGGCAAUAAAACGGUAUCAUGGAUACGACAUAGGGAUUUACAUCUAUUAACUGUGUCUGAAAGCACUUAUACAUCGGACCAGCGAUUUACUUCCAUUUACAAUAAACAGACUGGAGACUGGUCUUUACAGAUAAUGUUUGCACAAAUCAGAGAUUCCGGAAUAUACGAAUGUCAGGUUUCAACUACACCUCCAGUUGGCUAUACCAUGAUAUUUUCAGUUGUAGAACCCAUUACUUCUAUUCCUGGAGGCCCUGAAUUGUAUAUUGACUUGGGAUCAACGGUGAAUUUAACGUGUGUCGUAAAGCAUUUACCUGAUCCACCCCUUACAGUGCAUUGGACCCACAAUAAUCAGGAUAUAAAUUAUGAUUCGCCACGAGGAGGAGUGUCAGUUAUAACUGAAAAGGGUGACAUAACUACGUCAUAUCUUUUGAUACAGCGAGCCAAGCUUUCCGAUUCAGGGAAAUAUUCUUGCUUACCGUCGAAUGCAAACCCCAAGUCAGUAAAUGUUCACAUACUUAUCGGUGAUCAUCCUGCUGCCGUGCAAAAAGGCGAUAGAUUAGUUCCCUAUAGUUGUCUUCUAAUAAUUUUAAUAAUUUUUGCAUUUAUUUAACUUAGCACUGAAGUAUGAAAAAUAUUAUACAAGAGCAUAUGUAUCGUUUUGUAAAUAAUAAAUACCUUGCCACAUAAA